GCGUUGGGGGAGAUGCUGAUCCCGCACUACUCUGGCCGCGUCGUCGACAUCCUGGGGGGUGAUUUCGACCCCGAUGCCUUUGCCAGCGCCAUCUUCCUCAUGUGCCUGUUCUCCGUUGGGAGCUCACUGUCCGGAGGCUGCCGAGGAGGCUUGUUUACCCUCAUCAUGUCCAGAAUCAACCUGAGGAUCCGUGAGAAGCUUUUCUCCUCCCUGCUGCGUCAGGACCUCGGCUUCUUCCAGGAGACGAAGACAGGGGAGCUGCACUCGCGGCUGAGCUCGGACACCACCCUCAUGAGCUCCUGGCUUCCUUUAAACGCCAACGUCUUCCUCCGGAGCCUGGUGAAAGCGUUGGGGCUGUACAGCUUCAUGUUCAGCGUGUCGCCGCGCCUCACCCUGCUGUCUCUGCUCCACCUGCCCAUGAAGCUGACCGCUGAUAAGGUGUACAGCGCCCGCCGGCAGGCCUUGCUUCUGGAGAUCCAGGACGCAGUGGCGAAGGCAGGGCAGGUGGUGCGGGAGGCGGUUGGAGGGCUGCAGACCGUGCGCAGUUUCGGGGCGGAGGAGCUGGAGGUCUGGCGCUACAAGGAGGCCCUGGAGCGGUGCCGGCAGCUGUGGUGGCGUCGAGACCUGGAAAAGGGCCUGUACGACCUGGUCGGGAAGCUGCUGCACCUGGGCGCGCAGGUGCUGAUGCUGCACAGUGGGCUGCAGCAGAUCGAGGCCGGCGAGAUCACCCGCGGCGCGCUGCUGUCCUUUCUGCUCUACCAGGAGGACGUGGGGCACCAUGUGCACGCCUUGGUGUACAUGUACGGGGACAUGCUGAGCAACGUGGGAGCUGCUGAGAAGGUGUUCUCCUACCUGGACAGAGAGCCCCGCCUGCCCCAGCCUGGGACCCUGGCCCCUGCCUCCGUGCACGGGCUUGUGGAAUUCCGAGACGUCUCCUUUGCAUAUCCCAAUCGCCCUGACCAGCCGGUGCUGCAGGGCCUGACAUUUACUCUGAAUCCUGGGGAGGUGACGGCCCUGGUGGGACCCAAUGGCUCUGGGAAGAGCACCGUGGCUGCCCUGCUGCAGAAUCUGUACCAGCCCACGGAGGGCCAGGUGCUGCUGGAUGGAAGGCCUGUCUCAGAAUACGAGCAUCGCUACCUGCACAGACAGGUGUCUGUGGUCGGUCAGGAGCCCGUGCUGUUCUCGGGCUCUGUGAGAGACAACAUCACCUACGGGUUGCAGAGCUGUGAGGACGCGGAGGUGGUGGCUGCUGCCCAGGAGGCCCUAGCGUAUGGCUUCAUAGAGGAGCUGCCGGACGGGAUACACACGGAUGUGGGUGAGAGAGGGAGCCAGCUGGCCGUGGGACAGAAACAGCGUCUGGCCAUCGCCCGGGCCCUCGUGCGGGACCCACGCAUCCUCAUCCUGGAUGAGGCCACCAGUGCCCUGGACGUCCACUGCGAGCAGGCUCUGCAGGCCUGGAAAUCCCGCGGGGACCGGACGGUGCUGGUGAUCGCACACAGGGACGGCGCGGUUCAGAACGUGAACUGGAAACUGGAGCUCAGGAACGGGGAGCUUGUGAACCGCGUCCAGCUCAGGGAGGGCUAGGACUUCAGUGCUUACCCGGUGCGACGACGCGGCGACCUCCGCACAGUGGGCUGCUCAGUGCUGUCUCCAGAAUGCCGACCCGAGUGCCUCAUGCUCUGAGUUUUUCCACGCCUGUGCCCCUGGGUGGUUUUUCCACGAGCUGGAGGUGUGGUGGGGAUUUGGACCACGGUUGCUUUUGAUGUGCUGAGCUGUGUAGGAAUGAGGGGAGGGGCAGAGCCUUUGGGUGGGUUGAGGGCCAUCUGAGCGUAUGAAUCGCAUCUCUUCGGUGGGGAAGAGCUCUGUCUGGUACUGAGUAGUGCUGUGGUAUAGUAAAUCCAUGCAGAAGGCUUUACUUUAUUGUAUAUGUGCGUAUCCGUAUAUGUGUUUGGGAAAUGCAGAAAAGCUCAAAGAUGAAAACUACCCACUGUUGCACUUCCCAGAGGUAACCAGUUUUACUGUUUUGCUGGCUGUCUUUGAGAUAUUGUUAACCAACAUGACAUAAAUAACAUUGCCUUUCUGUGUCCUCCCUUCCCACCGCUGCCUAGUAUUUUGGGGGAAGCUAGGGUAUGGCUGGACAGCACACAGUUCCCUAGUUAACAGGGUUAAUGGUAGCAUAUCUGCCAUUUACGGAGUUUAAAUUCGAAUGGGAACUAUGCUAAGUGUUUUUUGUACGUAAUCAUUUUUAAUACUGAUACUCUAUCCUGUGAAGUUGGUUAUUCAUUGCUCCCAAUUUACAGAUGAGGAAUCAAAGAAUCAAAAUUAUGUGAGCGUCCCAGGGUUCCACAGAGGCAGACGCGGUGUUUGGAUCUAGACUCAACUCUGAGCCCACACUGAAUAAAUUACUGUCUGUCGCA